AUGAAAGCUGCUCAGAGUAGGCAAAAGUCUUAUGCAGACAAAAGGAGGAAACCUUUAGAUUUUGCAGAGGGAGAACAUGUAUUUUUGAAGGUAACUCCUACCACAGGUGUGGGAAGAGCUAUUAAAGCUAAGAAGUUGAAUCCUAAGUUUAUUGGGUCGUAUCAGAUUCUCAAGAGGAUUGGAUCAGUGGCAUAUAAGAUUGCAUUACCUCCAUUCCUGUCUAAAUUUCAUGAUGUCUUCCAUGUUUCACAAUUGAGGAUGUAUAUUCACGAUCCGAGUCAUGUCUUGGAAUCAGAGGCAGAGCAAGUUAAGGAGAAUUUAACUUUUGAGAAAUAG